AUGCUCGGUCGAGUACAUUACUUCAACCACCACCGAGUAAAAGAGAGAAUGGAAAAGGAGAACCAACUCAAAGACGUUACUAAUACUCUGGGGUCAACUCAGAAAACACAUUCCCUCGAUGGCUCUCUCCAUUUGGACAAGCAUUUUGACUUGAUUCACGAAACUCACAAUGAAUUACAACAACAACUACAUCGAAUUGAAACGUCCACCAAUCAGACCAAUGUUGACUUGGAACAACUUUACUCCCGACUGAGAAGUAAUAAUGACAAUUUGAAUAAACUUUUGAAGAACGUUGUUGAGUAUUCGAAUGAGGUCAUAACGGAAGGAAAUGCAACGAAAGCAGACAUGAGCUUGAUUGUUAAGGCGUUGGACGAAAUGAAGAUGAGAAAUGUUUCCUUAGGAGAUGAUGAUUUUGCUAAGAUGAAAGAUACAAUGCGACUGAUUUAUAGGGAAAGAGAGGGACAAGAUAUAGAAUUGAAGACGGAACUUAAAAAGCUUGCUACAUUUUUGAAAGAUGGAAGGAUAAGUAAAAAGAUUCUUCAAGAGCAAUUUGAACAUUUAACAGAGUUAAUAAAGGCAGUGGAUACUUCAGCUUCUUUGGAGAAAAUUGAGGAGGCCUUGAAGAACCAGAAGUGGAAAGAAGAAAUUAGGCGAGAGUUGAACACACAUAGUGAGCAAAUGCAAACCGUCAACAAACAAGUGUUGGCAAAAUUAUCAGAUCUUGAUCAACACCUACAUAAUCGUGGCAAUGACGAAAGCUCUACCUGGUUGAUCGCUUCUCGGGAAUCAAAAGUCAGUGAAUUGGAGACAAAAAUACAAACUCUUGAGACCAAAUAUAACUCUCUUGUGGAAAAGUAUAGUCAGAAAUAUGAACAGUAUAAACUUCUUCUGCAGCAGUUUGAAGGGUUGUCAGAUAAAGCACAAACUCAUUAUCUUUCAGAUCCGUCACUGUCCAAUCUUCACAACUUGAAAAGAUUUCACAAGAGCAGUUUACGGAUGAUUGAUGAGAAUAACUCGACUCAAAGUGACAAGCGAAUAGUCAGUACCCCAGUGGGGUUUGCAAAUAACUCAGAUGAGGAUUGA